AUGACGAGCGAACUACAGCACUGCGCUAAUCUUCGCAAUCAUUUUGCUAAUCCGAUGCGUCGAAGCGUCGUCGAAAAGUAUUACGACUGUCUCCAGUGUGCCGAGCAAUGUCGUCACACAGUUACCAAUAAUAAUAACAAUAUUAAUAAUAAUAGUAAUAUUAAUAAUAAUAAUAGUAGUAACAAUAAUAAUAAAAAUAAUGCCAAGAGUAGUAACAAUAAUAAUAAUAGUAAUAGUAAUAACAGUAGUAAUAACAAAGGUAACAAUACAAAGAGUAUGAUUAAUGGUAACAACAAGGAACGUCUAGGUUCGAAUCUAGACACCUGUUCUAUCAAGAGCAAGGAUUCUAACAGAAUGUUAACGCCUUACAAUGACUCGACGAGACGUUACAAUGCUCGCAGCAACGACCAACUGAUGAAAUAUCUGUCGAAGAAUCAUCAGAUUCACUUGACACCAGCUAGAAAAAGAUCGUCUCUCGCACGGCCGGUUCGCGUUCACGAUUCUUUCGUUCAACCAAAGAAACUUAUCGCCAGUGGUUACACCGUCCAACAUAAUCCUCAAUAUCAACAGUUUUAUCAGAAACAGGAACUACAAAAUCAGCAACAACAACAACAACAACAACAACAACAACAACAACAACAACGGCAACAACAACAACAGCAGCAACAACGACAUCAUCAGGAACUUGUUCAGCAGCGUCAAGGCACGUCUAAUGUAUCCGAUUACGCAUUCGAAGAUGAGGAACACGUCGAGGAGGAGAUAACAUGGCCGAUUCGAUUUAGACUCGAACAAAUGCUCGAACUUACCCUACCUCAGGCGAAGAAACGUAAAAAGAAGAAAAAAAAGAAAACUACUACGAUGAUGCUACUGAAGCAGGAACAAAAUAGCAGACACGGUUUCAAGGACACCGAGAGAUUACUCAAGGUGCUCAGCAUUAACAACGUGGACCAAGAUAAUAGGUACAACGUUAAACGGUGUUCCAUCAUGUAAAAAACAUUUUGUGGAACAUACCGUUCUUUAUUUAUUAUCGUUAUCAUUAUACAGAUAUAUAUAUAUAUAUAUAUAUAUAUAUAUAUAUAUAUCUGUAUGAUUAUAUCAUAUAUCGCAUCUUGAUCGAAAUUCGACGAAUCUUUAUGAUCCUUUUCACAGCAUCACGUACCUUAAUAAUUUUUUUUUUUUUUUUUUCUUAUCGAUCACAUUCUCACAGAGAACAUUGAGAUUUCGUUGUUGCAAUUAUCUUCGAAGCUGAUUCGUUAACUCAUCGGCCUAGAAACACGCCAUUACAUAUAUACAUACAUACAUACAUACCAUACGUACACACAUACAUACAUAUAGACAUACGUUGAUAUGUAGUAUCGCAGAUUACAUUCAUUUACAUAUACCCUUGCCUAUUUAUACUUUCGUGUUUUAUUUUAAUGAAUAUCGAGGCAUUUUGUUCUAACGUUCCGUAAAACUCUCGAUAAAAAUAUGAAAAUGUGAAAAUUAGAUCACAUUAAUGUACGAGCAUUUAUGUAAUUUUUCCUUUUCUUCUCUAUUCGAUAAUUAUUUCUUAUAUAUACAUAUAUAUAUAUAUAUAUAUAUAUAUAUAUAUAUCUGAGAUCAUAGCUUUAUUUUAGUUUUUCAUUUCCUCAAACUUGAUAAGAUUAUUCGCAUCGAGAGAAAAAGAGAAAUCCAUAAUUCUCUAAUUCGUUGUUUAAUGGAUGCUUUCAUCGUAACCUCGCCGAAUAUAAUAUUCUGAUCCUGUUAUAGAAAUCUAACUCUUUCUCUUCACUUUCUCUUUCCUACUCUCUCUUUUUCUAUUUUAUUCUCAAAUUCUUUAAUCUUAACAAGGAGAGAUAA